GCAUGUUCCAGUAACUUGGAACUUUGGAAGUCGAAAUCAUGGACUAGGGAACUUCUAAAUGAUGGUCUGAAAUUUGGAUUGACGUUAAGUACACGAAUGAUGCAAUGGCAAAUUCUGUGCCAGACACUGACAAUGGUUCUUCCAGUAGUCCAUCAUUGAGUUUCCAGAUGGUCAUUACUGGGAUUAAGAAGAUGUAUCCAGCAGUAAAGAACAUUUCAACGGCAGAGUUGAAAGAGCUCAUGAGGACAGAAGAAGCACGAGCUAGACUUGUCAUAGUGGAUGCAAGGCCUGAAGCAGAGUUCAGUGUAAGUCACAUUCCAUCAGCUGUCAGGAUUGAUCCCCAAACUCAGAACAUGGAUGAUGUCAGGAGGACUCUUCAAGAUCAACUUGUCAAAGAUGAACCAGCUAGUUCUGAUAGUGAACCUAUCCAGGUUGUGAUGUACUGCUCUGUGGGUUACAGGUCAUCAGCACUGGCCAAGAGGUUGAGACAAGCGCUCAAAGCAGAGAAGAAUGACAGAGAGACUGCUAUGAGCCAUCAAUCUUCACCAUCAACAGCGCCCUCUACGGUGAUCUCUCCGUCAAGGAUCAAAAUCUUCAAUUUGGAGGGCUGUCUCUUCAAGUGGGCCAACGAGGGUCAUCAGAUGGUGGACGGGCGGGGCAGCCCAACAAAGUUUGUUCACCCCUACAGUACCAUGUGGGGUCAGCUGAUCAGCAGAGACAUCAGGAGGUGGGAGGGGCCUCGUAUGUAAAUUCAGGUCAACGACCGGGUCAAUUGCAAUUUUGAGUGGGUAUAUAUCACCAAGCAAUUGUCAUUCAAACUUACUGAAAUGCUGCAUCUUAGAUUUUUGUGAGUAGAAUACCAUAGUUGAACCAUGUGAAGUAUUUUAAGAGAAAUAUGAGCCCCCAGAAGGGGCCAAUUAUGCUUCAUUUACUUGGUACCUGGUUGAUUGGCCGCUUCGCUGCCUUUACCGCUCAGGAUUCCAAUGCUUCCUGUAGUAGUAGUAGAAAUGGUUUAUUGAAAUAAAAAUCAAUCACGGCUCGAAAGCCGAAUUACAGGUUUUUUACAAUAGUAAAAACAAACAUCAAAAUUACAGGAAUCAAAAUAGGUAAUAAACAUGUAAUAGUGAGAUCAUAAUGACAAAGAUCAAUUACAAUAACAAAAAUUAUUUUCUUACAGGCAGUGCCAGUUAGCAUUCAUUGACUACACCACUACACCAUACUACUAUUGAUAUCAAUAUUAUUAUUAUUAUUAUUAUAAUUAUUAUUAUUAUUGUUAUUACUAUUCUUAGUAUCAAUAAAAUGAUAACAAUAAUUUGUAUCAACAUUAUUACUAGGAUUACUAUUAACAAUGGUAAAUAUCAAAUAGUUUACUUAAAAUAUUGCACUUAAAUCAAGUUCAAAUUUUUGGGCCAUUUUACUGAGUUUGUCCCGAAAUUGCUUUGUGUUCCGUUUAUGCAAGUAGCCCAGCAUCUUUGUUAGUCUGUGGGUAUUGCUUGAUGAAAUGAACCCACGAGAACCGACUUCAAUUGCCAAAAGUUCUACCUCAUAGCCAUUGUCUUCAAUGUCUCUGACGAGGGACGAGUAUUUAUCAACUUUAUAUUGAUGGGCCUUAUUGAUUCUAAGUUCAAAUGGGACUGUCAGCUCCAUGAUCAUGAUUUUUUUACUUUUUUCAUCGUAGAUACAAAGGUCAGGUCUCAGGUUUGUUUGGGUACAAGACAAUGGGAUUGUUGAGACAGGGGAGUAGCCGAUUAAAUAGGGAAUAUCAUGAAGGAUUUUUGUAUCGAGCGAAGUACUUUCUGUGAUGAAUUCUACAAAGCAUUUUAGUACAUUGUUAUGGCGCCAGGUGUAUCGCCCUUGAGAUAAAAAUAGUGAACAGCAAUUAAGAACAUGGUUCAGUGUCUCAACACAAUCGCAGUGCCUGCAUUUGUUUGUUGCAGAUUUGCCCCAUCUCAGUAAAUUUGCCCUUGUGUUUACAGUAUCAGUAACAGCAUUUACGAGAAAUUUAAGGACUUUCACUGGCAAAUUAUACAUGAUGCUCUUCCAAAUCGUACAGUUACUUUCUAGCGAUAGAAGAUCUAGAAAUUUCCCUUGAACUACUAACUCUUUAACAUGUGUAUGCCAAAUGGUAGAGACUUCGUGAGUUAGGAUUUUUUUUUUGCCUCUCUUGGUUUCUUUUCCUUGAGUGUUGGAUGCCCUUCAACAGAUGAGUAAACCUCAUUACUUUUUACAAUCGUGUAUUUUUUUCCUCACCCAUUUCGACUCACGUUGCAAUUGAGAGUCUAAACAAUGAUUCACCAAAUCGUCCCCGUUCACCCUCAUGGAUAUGUAAGAAAUUUCAUAAAAGCAUUUUUAAACAUGUAAAAGGUACAAGGGGAUAUAUAAGGGUUAAUUGAUAAUGCAAUAAUCAGACUAGGGUGAGUAUAUUUUAUACAUGUAGACGUUCUGAUAAAAAGGUUAUUAAAAAAUGUGGGUAAAUGGUUGUUCUAAGCAAAUGACACAAUAAUAAAGCUAAAUAUGUUUCGAUACAAAAUAAAUUAGAAAUUUCAUCUAAAAUCGGUAUUGCAAACAUGAAUUUGUCAAAGUGUAUUCUUAAGUGCCUUAAUAUAUAAAGGAAAACAAUUAAAUAAUGUAUUAAAACUCUUUGAUAAUUAA